AUGCCAUAUACUGGAUCGGAUGAGGAGAUCUGCAACCGCUUUGAUGAACUGAGAAAUUCGUCCAAUGAAUUCGACAAGGCUUUCGGAGAAAGAGGAUUGAAAUUUGUCUGCGCUAAAGAUGCUGAUUUGGAAAACUGUAAAUUAUUAUCGAAAUCGAAACCAAAUAAGUUAUAUAUAAAGAAUCGCCACCAAAAUGAUUGUUUGCACUGUGCGAACGUUGUCUAUACAUGCUGGAUGGAGAAAAUGCCGCUGAAACAUUGGCAUUCACUGCCGAAAUGGGCCUGUCUUCGUGCAGUCAAGGAAGACCCACCACACAAAUACAAUGUACAAUAUGAAGAUGGAGAUGAGGCAAUAUGCCACCGGUAUGCUGAAUUGAAAAAUUCAACCGAUGAACUGGACAAGUUUUUUGGGACAAGAGCUUGGAAACUCACUUGCGCUGAAGGUGUCGAUAAGGAAAAUAUGAAAAAGAUCGAGAAUUGCUCCAUAGACUACGCAAAAACGGCUGCCAAAAAAUGCCAUAAUGACGAGUUUUUCCAAAGGACGAUCCGAAAGGCAUCCGACACGUGCGAUGAAUGGGCCUUUUUCUUUGCGUGUACUGCGCAAAAAAUGGCUUCUUUUUGUCUAGCCGAGAACAUCACUGAGACUGUCGCCUUUUUUAUUGAGCGUUCGAUUGAUAGAUAUUCACUACCAGCGGAAGUUGGCAACAAGUGCGUCAACGCAAUUUAUCGAGAGCUUCAUAAAAUC